AUGGCCCCCCGCGCCUCGGAAGGCCUCGAGACGCUGGUGCUGCCUGUCCUCCUUGUGCUCUGUGCCCGGGCCCGCACAGCUUUCCUCUCGGAAACCUCUGCCAGGGCGGCGGGGCCGCCGGAACAGGAUUCACAGCAGCUCGUGUUCCUCCUGCAAACGUGCACGGAAAAGCUACGGGCAGCCCUGCCAGAAGCAGUCACCGGGCUGCAGGGCGCAGUCCCAAGGAGUCACGCAGAUAUUUGGAGCAAAUUAUGUUUUAACUCUUUGCUCUUCCUCCAGUGCCUUGCGUUCCAUGAUAUUUCACCGCAAGCUCCAACACAUUUCCUAGUGAUUCCUAAGAAGCCAAUUGUCAGGUUAUCUGAAGCAGAAGAUUCUGAUGAAUCUCUUCUUGGGCAUUUAAUGAUUGUUGGCAAGAAGUGUGCUGCUAACCUGGGCCUGACCAAUGGAUUCCGGAUGGUUGUGAAUGAAGGGCCUGAGGGUGGGCAGUCUGUCUAUCACGUACAUCUCCAUGUUCUGGGUGGUCGUCAGUUGGGCUGGCCUCCUGGCUAAGAUUUUUACACCACAAGAGUUAACUGCAUGCAUACAGAUUACCACCAAAUAGAUUUAAUAUGUUGCCCAUCAAUCUAGCCACUGUUAAUGUAUUUUUUUUUUGAAUGUGUGUCUACAAAGGGUAAUAAAGGCUCUGAACAGCAUUUGCACAAUAAAGAUCUAGCAUGUGGGAAUCA